UGACCUCUACGAGCAAAGAGGCUUGAAAGAUUGUUUUGUUUGGGAUUGUUCCGAUUUGCGAGAAGAGAGAAGACUCUUUAAUAUCAAAAUUAGGUGGCGCGAAAAUAACGCCCUCUCUCUCUCUCUCUCUCUCUCUCUCUCUCUCUGAUCUCGAACCCAUCCUUAAAUCGACCGAUCAAUCUCCGGCGUUUUCUUCUCUCACGAGCAUUCUCUCCAUCGCCGUCGAAAGAUUUCUACGGUUUCAAGCUUGGCUUAUAAACAUCGGUCGCGUUCGUUAAUCCCCAUUUCGAGCUGAGAAGAUUUCGAGAGGAGAAUCACGGGUAUGCUUUUUGUGGGGAAAUCGAAGGGGUUUUUCGUCUCUCCUGAAUAAAGGGACUUCCUUUACAGCAACUGGAGCUUUUUUUUACUGUUGUUUAGCUCGAAUGCAGAAUUGAGACGUGAGGCGUGAAACUGCUGAAUCCAACCAAUGCAAACUUUUGUUUCAUUAGCUUGAAUGGAUGUAGCUACUGAUACUUCUAGACGGCGUCUUGUUCCAUCAGAGAAGAACAAUGCAGCCGCUGUCACUCGCCGUCCUCGAACAACAGAGGUCAGUUCAAGAUACAGAUCACCCACACCGACCAGAACAGGGCGAUGCCCUUCCCCAAGCGUCACGAGGCCAACGGUGUCUUCGAGCUCUCAAUCCGUGGCUGCUAAAAGAGCUGUUUCGGCAGAGAGGAAGCGUCCUCCAACACCGCCAUCUCCUACUAGUCCCUCCACGCCUAUACGCGACACGUCUAUAGACUUACCAGCUUCGUCUAGGAGGCUAUCUACAGGUCGUUUGCCUGAAAGCUUAUGGCCUUCCACUAUGAGAAGUCUCAGCGUUUCGUUUCAGUUGGAUUCAGUCUCAGUCCCUGUUAGUAAGAAGGAGAAACCGGUUAGAAGUUCUUCUGUUGAUCGAACACUGAGGCCUUCUUCGAAUAUAGCUCAAAAGCAGAAGGCUGAAACGACCUCUGUAUCAAGGAAACCUACGCCAGAGAGGAAAAGAAUUCCAUUGACAGGGAAGAAUAGUGCGUCUGAUCUUUCAGAGAAUUCGAAACCUGUAGAUGGUCCUCAUAGCCGGUUAAUAGAACAGCAUCGGUGGCCUAGUAGAAUUGGUGGAAAGAUCAAUUCUUUAAACAGAAGCUUGGAUCUUGGCGACAUGGCUUCAAGGGGUCUAUCAACUUCAGGGCCUGGAACAGGGCAGUCUCUUAGGAGAAUGUCACUACCUUUGUCCAGCAGCUCGAAAGCUUUGCAUAAAACUUCUAGCAACGCAUCUAGUAAUGGUGGAUUAGUGUCUCCAACAAAGUCGGAAGAUAAUAACAUAGCUCGAACUUCCGGGGCUCAAAGACUCAUGUCUGCAAGUUCGUUAGAUAGAGCAACCUUGGCGACGGCUGUACCUAGGCUUCAUCCAUUGCCGGCAUCUGGAUCUCGACCUGCUUCGCCAAGUAGAUCAUCGUUUUCGUCUUCAUCGCCUAUUUCCCGAGGCAUGAGUACUUCGAGAGGAGCGAGUCCAUCAAGAGGACUAAGCCCUGCAAGAGGAUUGAGUCCUACAAGAGGUUUAAGUCCUGCAAGAGGGUUAAGUCCUGCAAGAGGGUUAAGUCCUUCACGUGUCACAAACUCCUCCUCUUUUGCUAGACCAUCAACUCCACCUUCAAGAGGGCUAAGUCCUUCAAGGAUAAGACAAACAAGCAAUUCUACACAAUCCACUACCACAACUUCGGUUCUCAGCUUCAUCGCGGAUGUCAAGAAAGGCAAAAAGACGAGCUACAUCGAAGACGUUCAUCAACUGCGUCUGCUCUACAAUAGAUAUUUACAGUGGCGGUUUGCAAUCGCGCGAGCUGAAGCUGUAAUGUACAUCCAACGAUUAACUUCCGAGGAAACUCUGUUCAAUGUGUGGCACGCGAUAUCAGAACUACAGGAUGAUGUGACCAGCCAAAGGAUUGUCCUGCAACAGCUAAAGCUAGAGAUCAAACUCAACUCACUAUUAAACGAUCAGAUGGUGAGCCUUGAAGAUUGGGCCACACUUGAAAGAGACCAUGUCAGCUCUUUAGUUGGAGCCAUAGCAGAUUUAGAAGCAAACACUCUCCGUCUUCCAGCGACGGGAGGAGCAAAGGCGGACGUUGAAUCUCUGAAAGCAGCUAUGUCAUCUGCCCUCGAUGUAAUGCAGGCUAUGGGAUCGUCCAUUUGGUCUUUACUCUCAAAGGUGGAGGAGAUGAAUAAAAUGGUGUCGGAACUCGCUGUUGUCGUUACCAAAGAGAGUUCUAUGCAAGGCAAAUGCGAAGAUCUUCUGGCAUCAACCGCGAUCAUGCAGAUAAAAGAGUGUAGCCUGAGGAGUCAUCUGAUACAAACUAGGAGAGAAGGAGAAGAAGAUGCAGAGGAGGAGACUCCUGAAUUGUUGCCAUCAAGCAAGUUUCCAUGGCCAUAAAUAACACGCUUACAGUUCCACACGCUCAACACUAAUCACCUGUAAAUUUCUCUUUGAUGAUCCCACAUUUCUCUUGUCGAGAUCCUUUUUUUGAUCUUUGCUUGUUAUAGUUUUUUCUUUCUUUCUGGUAUUCAACAUUAGCAUAGGAAAAAAGGAAGUGAGAGAUCGCAAGUUCGAAGGUCUUUAGGAUAAAAAAAGGGAAUUUAUUUAACAUUUGUUCACAUGUAAGCUUUGAUUUUGAUCUGAUGUGGGGUUUUUGGGGGAGUUUUAUUCUUUAGUCUCAAUUAGUUUACUAAUCAAUUAAUUUUAGGACUGUUUUUUUGGCUUAUUAAUUAAAGAAAUUGAACUUUUUUAAAUCACAUUACAUGUAAUUGUAUUUGCCUUAUAAAACCAACUUAAAUAAAAAUAGAUUGACAUAAUAAUACUUUUGCUAUAU